UACAGCAUAUAUUUAAAAAAUUGAAAUGGUUGUUCAUACUUUGUAGAUUUUGUAUUAUGUCUAUCUAAUUGUGGCAAUGCUGUUCAUCGGUUAUGCACAGUACUAUUUCCACUCUGGAUAGUAUGUUUGCUAUAAUCUUCAAUUUGAUGCAGGUAUUGUCAAUCAUUUUCCCUCGAUUUUCUUUAUACAUCCAUCUGAUGUUUUUUUAUUGGUAUAGGAAGGUGAAGAUGAAGAUAAUGGUUAAAUGCUGCAACAAGAUCUAGUACACUGUUUUCUACGGUAAAUAAAUGGGUGGCUGUAUAAUACACAAUGGUAUGAUAGCUUUUCUUCAUCCCAGUCAUGAGAAACCAUCAUGGGGUAGUGCUGUGUUGCUAUCAUGUACACAAUGCAAGAUUGAUGAUGGUAUUGUUACACCCAGGAGAGUCUCCCACAGAAAUAGAUUAGCGUAGGAUAGAAAGCUUGUCAUUGCAUAGAAUGGCGUUGUCGUUGCCUUUCUCAUCACAAAAUUGUUUGCCCAUUGUUUCUUUCAGUUCUGACUUCCUUCCUUGGAAUGCUCAGUUAUUUGAAGCCAGCAGAAAACAUAAAACAAGUAGUCGAACCAGAAAGAUCUCCUAUCCAAUUUCUUGCUCAUUAGUUAAAACUGUCCGUAGUCCUUCACUAGACAGGCAUGUUGUGAAACAGAACAAGAUUCGGUUUGUCCUAAAAUUACAAACACUGCUCCUUUCCAAACCAAAGUGCUAUAUUCCGCUUCAGAUUCUUAAUAAAUGUCGAUCCUACCUUGCCUUAUCAAAGCCUCGGUCCAUCCUUUCGAUGAUUCAUCGUUACCCUACCAUUUUCGAAGUCUUCUCAAUUCCAACAGCACCCAUGCCAUUCAAUGCAUCCAAGUCACUGUCGCAACUCUGUGUUCGUCUAACCCCAGCUGCAGCAGCUCUUGCUGCUCAGGAAUCAAGUCUGAAAUCAGCCAUCUCUGACUCCUUGGCUAUCAAACUUCAGAAACUUCUUAUGCUUUCUUCUCAUCACCGGCUAGUUCUGUCAAAGUUGGUUCACCUUGGUUCAGAUCUUGGUCUUCUCCCUAAUUUUCGGUCUCGUCUCUGCAAUGACCAUCCAGAUAAAUUCAAGACUAUUAAUACCUCCUAUGGUCGUGCACUUGAGCUUGUAUCCUGGGACCAAGACUUGGCAAAACCUCUACCGUCUCCAGAAGUUCAAUCACGUGGACUGAUAGUAGACAGGCCUUUGAAGUUCAAGCAUUUGAAUCUUCGGAAGGGGCUGAAUUUAAAGAGGCAACACCAAGACUUUUUUAUCAUAUUCGGAGAAAUUCCAGGUGUGUGCCCUUACAAUACCUCAGUUUUGGAAUUGCCAAAAGAGUCAAUUGAGGCAGAGGAAAGAGCUUGUUUGGUGGUGAGAGAAAUGUUAGCGAUGAUGGUUGAAAAGAGAACAUUGAUAGACCACUUGACACAUUUUAGAAAAGUGUUUGGUUUGCCUAACAAGUUGAGAGGGAUGAUCAUGAGGCACCCUGAGUUAUUCUAUGUGAGCUUGAAAGGGCAAAGAGAUUCUGUAUUCUUGGUGGAGGCCUAUGAUAGGAAUGGUUCACUCUUAGACAAGAAGAAAGAAACUUUGGUGAUAAAUGAAAAGUUGAUGGAGUUGGUCAGGGAAAGCAAGAGGUUGAGAAGAGAAAGGAGGAAAGCUCACCGUUAUGACACUAAGAUUGCUGUCUGUAAUGGUGAUAAUAGUGACGAAGAUGAUGAUGGCUUUGGGGAUUUAUUUGAGUGUGACGAUCUGGAUUUGGAUGACCUUGAUGAUGAGAAGAGUGGGACAUUAAACUACAGGGUGAAUGGUCAGUUUUGGACUGCAUAAGCUUAUUCUGAUCUUGAAGGCAGAGAUGGGCAGCAUUUGGAUCCUUGGUAGUUGGUAGAAAAGAAUUCUAAAAUUGUACAUAUCGUCUCUGAACAAAUACAGUCUAGAAUGUUUUCUGCUGAUGUGUGAUAUAUCUGAUUUUUUCCUUUGUUAUAUAUAGUUUUGGACACACUUUC